AUGGAGAAUAUAGAAUAUAAAUUUCAAAUAAAGCCAAUAGGAAUAAAAUAUAAUAAACUUCAAGAAGAUAACCCAGAUAAAAAUUUAAAUUCUAAAAAUUUUAAGGCUACUAAAAAUAAUGAAAAUAUAUUUAAUACAAAAGAUAAUGCAAGUUACACUAAAGUAGAAAAUAAAAAAAAAGAAUAUAAUUUAUUUAAAAAUGCCCGAGAUAUUAAAAUAAAUACAAAUGAUCAAAAGGUUAAAUCUAAUAUAAAAAAUAAAACAGGUAGCAAACUUAAUGGAUUUAAGGGCAUUAAAGAAAAAAAAAGUAAAGUAAAUUAUUUAAAUAAAUGUGAUAUAAAAUCAGAAAAAAUACAAUCUGUUAAUAUAAAUAAUAGUGAAAACGAAAAAUGUAAUUCUAUAAAAUAUUUAAAUAAAAAUUUUACGCAAAAUGAAAAAAAUAGUAAAAUGUGUACAAAGUUAAUAAAAAAUGAUGAUAAUUAUCUAAAUGAGCUUCUAAAAAAAGAAAAUAUAUGUAUUCAAUCUGAAAAAUGUGAUGAAUAUAAUAAGGAAAAUAAAAUCUCCAUUCUUUCUAGUGGUUCAACAUUAGAAGAAAGUUCAGAAGAAGAUAUUCAAAAUUUAGAUUUAAUAGAACAAUAUAAGAAAACAAAAAAAAAAGAAUUAGAAACAAAAAGAAAAAAGAUAAUUCUAUAUAAAAGAUCAAAACUAAUAAAAAAAUCAACUUAUAAAAAUGCUCAGACACAAGUUUUUCUUGAUGAUUUUUCUAAAUAUUAUGAGAGAGUAAAACCUGAAAUUGAAAAAAUAGUUGAAGAAGUCUUAAAUAAGGCAUUAAAAGAAAUAUAUGAAGAACAAGAGUUGAAAAAAAUUAAAUAUAAAAUAGAUUAUUAUGAAAAUAUAAGGAAAGAAAAGCUUUUAUCCCUAAAAAACUUUGAAAAAAAAAGUGAAGAUUUUUAUGAAGAAACUCAAGAAAAAAUAAAAAAUAGAAUUAAACUUAAAAAAGAAGUUGAAAUCAUAAUGAAAAAAAAAAUUGCACACAAUAAAGCUCAAAAAAAUAUUCAUUAUAUUUUUCAAAAAAAUUUAGAUCAAUAUUCAUUGAUGGAUUUGUUACCAAACAAUUUUGAGAAAAAUAUUAAUUUAAUCAUUUUACCAUGGAUAAGUGAAUUUAUUUAUUAUUUAGUAAAUAUAAAAAAAGAAAUUGCCCAUUAUGUCAUCACUGAAAUGAUUGAACAAUCUCUUAUAUCCAAUUCAGAAAUAUUUGAGAAAUUUAAAAGGUUAAAUUAUAUUUAA